UUAUGCCAGUUCAAAACUGCCGUGCUGCUCGGUUUAUAUGUAGGCUACAGUAAAUCCCGCCUCCUUCGAUUUGAUUGAAUAUAUAAAACAUCUUUUUGAAAUUGACGAGUUUUUUAGACUGAGACUGAGCACGCUAAACAGAUCUUCAAUAGCGAAUCACUUCAAACAUGACACAGCACAAUCAGGUGUCGUUUGAAAACUGCUGUCGUUUUCAAAGGCGGAAAUCCUCCCUCUCUCUCUCUCUCUCUCUCUCCCUUUUAACCCUGCAACCUUCUUUACAUGAAAUUUGUUCGAAACCGAUUGAAUUUUGCGAUCUUGUGUUUGACACGGUAGACUUUUAAUAGUUAAAAGCAAGCACUUGGCUGGACGGCUUAUCUUAAUUCGCGGAUCAAAGUCUGUUGUACACAGACAAGAUGACCAGCUUUGGUCUUUACAGCAGGAAACACAAGCCUCCUGAUCCUGAAAAUUGCAGUGACAUGAUUCUUCAAUACAAGUCUUCAGUUAUUGAUAAAUGUGGGUUUGUUCCUGAGUAUAAGCUUCCUUCUGAUGAACGUGUGGAACUAGCCGCCCAUUACACUGAAACAGUGAUUAUUCAGAGGAGCAAAGAGCAGAAUGAGAAGUACUAUCGUGAACAUGUGAAGUCUGCUUACACUUCUGGAACAAAAACAUCAUCUCAAUUGUUAUCAAAUGACAAGAAUCACAGCAUCAGAAUAGACCAGCUGUUCAGUCCCGACAGUGAUGGAAACACACCGAAAACUGUGAUUCUCAGUGGUGAUUCUGGAAGAGGUAAAUCCUUCACAUUACAGAAGAUCAUGUUGGACUGGGCUUCUGGAGAACUUUACUCUGAAAACUUUGCUGUAGUUUUUCUGUUGAAGUGUGAAGAGUUGAAGUGUAUUUUUAAGGAGAUGAACUUAAUUGACCUCUUGAGCUGGAGUAGCGGUUUAACACCAUAUCAGAUCUCACAGAUACUACAGUUAACACCAGAGAGAGUCCUCUUCCUCAUUGAUGGAUUGGAUGAGUAUGUAUCUCAUCCACCUAUUCACUUCGUUCCUUCACACACUAAUCCAUCCAAGAAAACGUCACCUAUGGACACUCUUAAGAAUGUGUUGAGGGGUGUUCUGCUGCCAGAAUCAUUCAUGCUUGUAACUACAAGAUCUAUAGCUGCUGAUCCAGUGAUGAAUCUCCUCAAAGGACCUCAGCGUUUCACUGAGAUCAUGGGCUUCUCUGAGAGAGGGGUGCAGGAGUACUUCCACAAGUUUUUUCAGGAUGAGCUACUCUUCAAGAAAACAUAUGAGAGUGUGAAAGAUAAAUGAAGGCCUCAUGACUACCUGCUCUGUGCCUUUGCUUUGUUGGAUGAUCUGUUUUUGUCUAAAGAAAGACUUUACAGGUGGGAAGCAUGUGAUGGCAGAACUAAAGACAACCACCUCCAUAUAUGUGCACUUUGUGU